AUGGCGGAUACCAUGAUUUCGACUGUCCGUUCACCGUUGUCUGAAGCUUCCGAUCGGAUCAACUCCAACUAUCCCCCUCAAGAAGCUCGUCGGUACAAACCACGCCACGACCGCCCUCACGCGUCGACUGUCAACAAUACACAACGCGCAAGCUAUGGGCACCCUGCUGCAUAUUUUUCUGGUCGACCUCCUCAUAUACAAACCCAGACUACUAGCCCGAUGCCUCAAGGUCAGCCUACUUUGAAACCACCAGAUGAGAUGGAUGAUGAACGUCGACACUCGGCUGCAUCUUAUGAUUCCUCGGGUAGCGGCCGUAGCAAGAAGAAUUACAAGACACACAUCGGCCCCUGGCAGUUGGGCAAGACCCUCGGCAAAGGCUCAUCUGCUCGCGUACGGCUAUGUCGCCACAACAUCACCAACCAGCUAGCUGCUGUCAAGAUCGUCAAUAGACGAAUGGCGUAUCUUGUACAGGAUAGCAGCCUAGCCGCUCUCAGCAAAUGGGAUAAUAAUCUGCCCGACCAGAUUGACGGCGAAAUGCGCGUUCCCAUGGCUAUCGAGAGAGAAGUGGCUAUUCUCAAACUCAUUGAGCACCCCAACAUCAUGAAGAUAUAUGAUAUUUGGGAAAAUCGCUCAGAAGUUUACCUGAUACUCGAAUAUAUCGAUCAAGGUGAUCUGUUCACCUUUAUCAAUCUGAAGGGCCGCCUUAGUGAGGAAGUGUCCGUCUACUUUUUUCGACAGAUCAUCAGUGCCAUCUCCUAUUGUCAUUCCUUCAACAUUUGCCACCGCGACUUAAAGCCGGAGAACAUCCUGAUCAGUGCCAACCUUCAAAUCAAAAUUGCCGACUUUGGUAUGGCCGCUCUCCACCAAACUGACACUCACCAGCUUGCCACAGCCUGUGGCAGUCCUCACUACGCAGCGCCCGAGCUCCUCAAGAAUAGGCAAUAUCGAGGCGAUAAGGCUGACAUUUGGAGUAUGGGGGUGAUCCUUUUCGCCAUGCUCACUGCGACCCUUCCCUUCGAUGAUCCAGAUUUACGCGUGAUGAUGGCUAGGACGAAGAAGGGCCAGUACGAGAUGCCAAGCUUCCUCAGCCCAGAAGCUGAGGAUCUGAUCAGGCGGAUGCUGCAGGUCAAUCCAGAAAGACGCAUCACCCUUAAGGAGAUAUGGCGCCAUCCUCUUGUUCGAAAGUAUGCUUAUCUCGACAAUCUCAACGACCUCAACAGUCAGCCUCCUGAUAUACGCAAAGGGUUUCAAUACACCCCUGUGCCUAUCAAAGAGGUUGAUGCUCAACUGGUUCGCCAGUUGCGAUCUAUGUGGCACAUGUUUAGUGAUAACGACUUGAAGCUCAAGCUCACCUGCGAUGAACCCAAUGACCAGAAGGCUUUCUAUUGGUUGCUGUAUCACUACCGGGAGCAACAACUGGAAAACUUCAAGCCCGAAAUUUCUCACUCGACAAGUGACUAUCACCAUAUGAAGCCUGGUACCUGGAAGAAACGUGUGUCAACUUGUGAAUUCACGCAGCCGAAUAGCAAUGGUCAUGGUCGUUCCAUAUCACGGUUCACCGUGAUAUCGAAUGCUACUGAGCCGGACAGAGCUUCAAGUCGCGAACCUCUCCAAGACGACAACAACGGCUCUUAUGUCGGGCAUCCAAAGCCACUUCGAAGUGGCUCGAGCGCGCGACGUGGACGUGGGACUUCAACUAGAAACUCCACCACAGGACGGCUCCAAUCGUCGAGGGGGUCAUUAUCGUCUAUGCACAGCAGCCGGCAGGGCACACCACACGCACGCAACAUGCGUCAUAAACGUGGAGUCGACUUUACACACGUCCGGAAGAGGUCUACAUCUACUAAUGGGAACAGAGGUGGUUCUAUGCCACCUUAUGUUACGGAACAAGGAUCGACCUACCAGCUCGAGAUGACUCGAUCACUUACUCCAGACACUCCAGAUCUUCCGAGUAACGUGCUACCAAGACCGGCAGAUAGGCGUGAGCCCCAAACCAACACACAGCGUGCUUCUGGCCAAGCAUUGCGAAUAGCAUUGGGAUCACGGUAUGCUUCGGAAAUCUUCAAGGAAGAACUGCGGCAUUUCAGUAGCAACAUUGCUAAGGACUGUGAUGAAGCUUUCAAGAGUUCACUGAUAGAAGAAGAUUCUAUUGCUGGCUCGCUUACUGAACCAGAAAGAACACAGUACGAAUCAACACCCAUCUCAUUCACUAUCGAUACACCGGACGAAUCGGCUCUAGAUGGUCUCGAUAUGACAGCCAAGGCAUUCAGUAACCGGCCUCUUCCGCCUUUACCCACCCCUGUGCAAGGCUGCGAUGAGCAUUCGCUAAUGCUACCACUAACCCCUAUCGGAUCGCGACCAGCGACCGGUGAUUCACACUUGGAGGAACUGCGUGCCGAGCAAGUCAAAGUGGCCCAGCCAGUCGUGCUCACUAGACAUGUAGAGCGCCGAGUUGUCUCAGCUCCGGUUCAGGUUCAGAAGCCGAAACUGAACGCGGCUCUACCAUCCAUUAACGAAACAGGGGCUGUGGUUAAUGACAAGGCUCGUAUCGUGUCAGCUCCUCCUCAUACGCCGACAAAGAGAGGGGUAGAUAGACUGAGAGGUAUUGACUACCUUAGCCAAGUCGAAAAUAGCAUUCGUGUGGUACACUCACCAGGCGAUGAGAGUCCCGUCAAGAUUCCCGAACCUCUAAAUGUCCGAAAGAAGGUAUCUGAAGCUCACCAAGGGAAUACGAUUCCCUUCGUUCAACUUUCAGGGCCAGAUUCUACGUCUCAACAUAGUGCAGAUGGCGGCACGUCCGCAAACACGACGCUACUAGACCGUUCUUCGCAUGACAGUUCUACGAUGGUGAAGAAGAAGAAGACAUCUUGGUUCAAACGUGCUUCCAAGGUUGAGUCCAGUUAUGGCCCAGAAUCUGUCGAGUGGCAAGAUUGCAACUCUUAUUCAACCUCUAGCGACGGGAAGCGAAGCGAUUCUACAUCGACAGAUGCACACUCCAAAAAGAAAACAUUUAGCUUCAGUUUUUGGAAGAGCAACAAGCAAAGGGACUCUAUCAUGUCAAUCGCAAAAGAGCCCGGCGAAAAGGACGAUGAACCUUUUGUGGAGUUGAGUGCUGUUAGUAAGACAAGCACUUCAACGAAAAUAUCGCAGCCCAGAUGGCAUGAGUCGAAUUCCGGGCCAGUACGAAAUAUUGAGGUCAAGCAGAACUGGCUUGCACGUCUGUUUAGAGUCAAGCCAGCGACAGACCAUAUUUGUAUGACUAUUUCUAGAAGACGCGCACGACAGGAGGUUACUAUUCUCCUGCGGGAAUGGCGCAAGUACGGCAUUCGAGACAUACAGGUAGACAAGCAAAGGAACAUCAUCUUCGCACGGGUUGCGGAUAAGAACUUUUUGAACCUCAAAGAAGUGUCCCUUGCAGCCGAGGUCAUCACGGUUAUCGAGCACGGCAAGAAGCAGCCACUCAGCAUUAUUCGAUUUACUCAAGAGCGUGGGGCUGCUAGCAGCUUUCAUCGGGUAGUCGACACCAUGAGGAUGAUGUUCGAGACACAGGCCUUGAUUGUUUCCGAUAGAAACAAGCAAAAGAUGAUGAUCAAGACGCUGAAUUCUUGA